ACCGCAAGAUUUGAUGUGACAGGGAAUCUUGAAAAUUUUUUGGGUGGCCACAAUGUCCAUAACCCAUACUACUACUACUACUAUUCGUCUUCUUGUACCUGAAGAAAAGAAAGAUCUGAACAGUCAAAACCCAUCGCUGCCCUAGCUAGGCAAAGCUUCACCGGCGGCCACCUCGUGUCGUGUCGUGUGCAUCAAUCCAACCAACCACACACACUGCCAGUGCCAGCAAUGUCGUCGGACGGCGGGAGCGGGAGCUACGAGAGGUACAUCACGAUGGCCGCGUCGGCGGCGGCGGCGGCCAUGCUGGUGCGGACCGUGGUGAGCGAGCUGCUGCCGUACGAGGUCGGGGACCUGCUGCGCUCGGCGGCGCGGGGCGUCCGCGCCCGCGUCUCGUCGCGGCACACCGUGGUCAUCGACGAGGCCGAGGGCCUGUCGGCCAACCAGCUCUACGACGCCGCGCGCACGUACCUGGCGGCCCGGGUCACCCUCACCCCCGACGUGCCGCGCCUCCGCGCCAGCCGCGUCGACGACGCGCAGGGCAUCACCGUGGGGAUGGAGCAGGGGGAGGAGAUGGUCGACGCCCACGACGGCGUCCACUACACCUGGACCCUCGUCGUCUCCCGCGACGCCGCAGCGUCCAGGGCCGCAGACGGCCGCGACAAGGCUGGCCGCCGCCCGUCGGAGGCCAAGUCGUUCGAGCUCAGCUUCCACAGGAGGCACAAGGACAAGGCCCUGGGUUCCUACCUCCCGCACGUCGUCGCCACGGCCAAGGCCAUCAAGGACCGCCACCGGAGCCUCAAGAUGCACAUGGUGGAGUACGACGCCUGGACCGCCGUCGACCUCCGCCACCCUUCCACCUUCGACACGCUCGCCAUGGACGACAAGCUCAAGAGCUCCGUCGUCCAGGACCUCCAGAGGUUCGUCAGGAGGAAGGACUACUACAGGAGGAUCGGCAGGGCAUGGAAGCGGGGCUACCUGCUCUACGGCCCGCCGGGGACUGGCAAGUCCAGCCUCGUCGCCGCCAUGGCCAACUUCCUCAAGUUUGACAUCUACGACCUUGAGCUCACCGAGGUCAAGUCCAACUCCGACCUCCGGAGGCUGCUCGUCGGGACCAGCAACCGAUCCAUUCUCGUGGUUGAAGACAUUGACUGCAGCAUUGAGCUGCAACAGCGGGAUGAAGGCGAGAGGCGUGCCACCAGGCCCACUACGUCUGCAGGAGAAGAAAACGACGACAAGGUGACGCUAUCUGGACUGCUCAACUUCGUUGACGGUCUCUGGUCGACAAGCGGGGAGGAGAGGAUCAUUGUCUUCACCACCAACUACAGGGAGCGGCUUGACCCAGCACUGCUGCGGCCUGGAAGGAUGGACAUGCACAUCCACAUGGGGUACUGCACCCCAGAGUCGUUCCGGAUACUGGCAAGGAACUACCACUCGGUUGAAAACCAUGCCAUGUACGCAGAAAUUGAGCAACUUAUACAGGAGGUAAUGGUCUCACCUGCGGAGGUUGCUGAGGUUCUGAUGAGGAACGACAACAGUGAUGUUGCCCUCCAGGAUCUCCUUGAGUUCCUCAAGAAGAAGAGGAAACAAUCUGGUCAGAGCAAGGAUGCAAAUGGGAAUGGAGAUUAAUAUAUGAAGAAAUGUGACAGAGACCAACAUCAAUACUCAGAGCAAACACAGGGAUAACAGAAAGUCACAAACCAACGAUGGUCUCAACCAAAUUUUGCGUAUGUAAAUUAGAUAGUAUCAGAAAAAAAAAAUAUGGUCAAGAGUAUUACUGUUGACUCUUGAGUUUUGACUUAUGGAGAGCCUUUUUUUUAAUGAUAUUUCUGUUAAAGAUUCUCAUAGUUUAUUAAGAUUCUUGACAUUACAACGAAGAUUUGAUACACAGUUCAGUCAGGGGCGGACCCAUACGUACAUGUUUUAAAGGUAUGUUCUGGGCUCCACAAAAAUGUCUGUGCCAGGCACAUGAUGCUCAAGUGCAUGUGAAAACUAAAAACGGCCUUAUAUUUGUGUCAUACUUAGCAGUUCGUCAAUCUUAAACUCCAUAGGAAUAAAACAGAGUAGUGAAAAAAAUAUAGUGCUACAGAUGGGCCUUCCUGAAGUACUCUUUUAGUGGCAGAAAUAGUAAUUCAAGUAAAAGGACGAAGGAACAAUUUCUUCUAAUACCUGCUGAAAGAAUACACAAUGGACUGUAAUCACCAGCUGAACAUUUUUAAGCCCAAUGUUGUCAUACCUCAUUUUUAACAGCAGCAUUGCACAAGAUCCCAAAGGAUUGGCUCUUAAAACUUGUGUCAGAAGCUAACUACACAAAACAGACCCAAGAGCAGUCGUGGGUAGAACAUGGAAUAUCCCUUAUGUUACUUGCCUGAACUAGGGAAAUAAUGCAUCAAUUGCUUAACAUACAGCAAUACAGGCAGUAAAUAAAGUAGUAAUGAAGCCUUCGCAUGGAAUAUAUUAAACUUUGGUAACUUCUUACACCAGACCAAUUGUGGUUCAAGGAAAGAGUAUACUGAUUCCUUUCACAACAAAAUCAUGUUGCACCUUAAUUAUAUAAGGUUUUAUUUAUUUAUUUAAUAAAUAUCGGGUAUAACCUGAACACCUGUACCUUUCUCUUCAUCGGGUGAGAAGUUCAUGUGCUUCAGAGUAAAAAGACCACAUAAGAUGUAACUAUACUUAAUUGUACAAAAUAGGUGCUCAUACCUUCUAAGUGAAAGCCUCAGUUAUGAGCUCAUACC